AUGAGGUUUCUAAUGAGGCUUUUGACGAUUUUCACCCUGUACACUGAUAAUUUACAAGUGUUCCGUGACGGAACUUUAAGUAAGAGAAGAUCUUCCGACACUUAUAAGGAUGUACAUUGCGGCAUCCCUUUUAGACGGAAGUCAGAAUUCAAGAUGUUUAGAUUGAUCGUGAUAUUUUGUCUCAUCGUUCACGUUUGCGCAACGAAAGCUUACGGGAAAGGCUACACACCACUUUGCAGAUACUGGUGUAGGACGAUCGAUCAUCAAUAUUAUUGCUGUCCAAGCGGAAAAGCUGAGAGUUGGGCGGAAUAUGUCUGGCAUUCUUUCCUGCACCCAUGGCUGCUAAUGAUCACCGUUGAAUCUGCAUCGAUAGACACGUUUUGGCCAGAAAAUGUCCAUGAGAAAGAAACGGGGAAAUAUUGCCCGCCGUUGAGAACCCAUUGUCCACGAACUUAUGAUUGGUACUCACUGCCACCAACUUCUUGCCACGGCGAUGAGGAUUGCGACAAAUGGGAAAAAUGCUGCUACGACGUUUGUCUCGAACACAAAACUAAACAGUUAUGUUGCGGUGCGCUCUUCACCGUGACCUGGUCCCAUUAAAUUGUAAUUGUUGCAUAUCACGUUUCGUAUUAGCUUAAUUAACGCCGCCGUUUAUCCAAAUUUUUUGGGAAUAUUUUGCGA